AUGAACAAGAGGAAUGAAGGGUCAACGCAUAACCUACCACUUCUCCGAUCUCCAUCUUCAUCGCUUCUCAACUACAGUCCGGCCACCAUUGCUGCCCAACACCAUCGCCAAGCACUAAUUGCUUCCUCCACAACCAGAACGCACCAGAACAUAUACUUUCAUCUCCUUCCUUGUUUUUCAUUAUUUUUAUGCCCACCUGCGAAUCGAAGAGAUAUAGAGGGGAUCUCCAUCUCCGGCGCUUCCCUCUCCACCGUCGCCUGGUUAUCAGAUCCAACAAGCUAUCACUUCUGUCAAAGGUGCUACUAUACUCACAUAAAUUGUCAAAUCAAACACUAUUCCACUACACUAAGCAAUUUGGGAGGAAUGGAUUCCAAGUUAUUUUACAACUUGAGGAUAGAGAUUCUUUUAAGAACAUCACUAAACACUCUUGGUAGGAUGCGUUGUACAAACAAAGAAUAUGAAAAUCUCACAUACCAUCCACAUCUUCUGAACGUGUACAAGCAAAGAAACAACAUUGUAUCUGGUUUUCUAGUUGUAAGGGGUCAAAAUGGGUGCGAUUUCACUGAGUUUGCUCCAUCACAUGGGUCAAAAAGUCUUGAUCUUGGUUUUCUACCACACAAUGCCGAAAUUCUAGCAUCUUCAGAGCAAGGAAUCAUAGUUUUUGAGGUUCCUCAUCCAAUGGUUGAUGGCUUGGUUCGUUACCAUGUGUGUAAGCCUACAACUAAGCAGGUUUUGGCUUUGCCAAAUCCCAAAACCAAGUAUUUAACCAAGAGAGUUUCCAUGGUUGUGACGGGUUCAAAGCCAUUGCGUUAUAAGAUUAUCAGAUUAUCCGAACCUAAAUUUAAUCCCAAGUAUGAUCAAUAUUAUACAACAUAUUAUUGUGAAAUUUUCGACUCAAGAGCAUGGACAUGGAGACGACAAGAUCUUUUAGUAUUGCCUUUUCAUGACUUUUUGCCUUGCCAACAACCGAUCACCGUGAGGGGAUCCAUCUACGUGUUAACGACAAACAACGAUGUAUUGAAAUUUAAUGCAUAUUCUGAAAAAUGGACACCCUUUUCAAUUCCUAUUGAAGACCUCGAUUAUAUUCUCAUUCCAAGGAAACUCGUAAAAUAUCAAGGCAAGUUGGGGUUUGCUUGUAUGACACCAGGUCGUCUUUCUUGGGAGAUUUGGGUUCUUACAAUUGAUGAAUCAUGGGAGAGACUCCAUGUUUUCUUUGCACAAAGUUUACUAGAGGCUAUAUAUGAUUCGGACACGAUAGUUAUGAGGGAGGACAUGGCACUUGUAUUUUACAGGUUUGGGUUUAAAGAAGGUGAUUAUAUAUGUAAGGUCCCACUGUUUGAUGGACAUGGUUGGUAUUAUUAUAUGCGGAUCUUCCCCUUCCGAUCUGAUUUUGAACAAGUGGAUUUAAGAGGUUCAUAAAUGUUGAACAUUUUGUUUAUUAAAAAACAUAAAUUAUUAUAUAACGAUAACUUCAUCAUGUAUUGAAUCUGAAUCGCAUUCAGAAAAUUCAUAUUUGGAUGUUGUAGUUAGCAUCGAUAGAGUUUGAAAGAUAAAUGAAAAGAAAGUUUUU